AUGCAUAACAUUAGAUAUAACAGUUUCCACAUACUUACCGACCAUGUCGGUGCCUAUGGUAUACUUUUCUAUCAGUCUUGUGGACCCAAUGGACAGUACACAAUGGAAUUUGAUGGUGAUGAGAAGUUAUAUGUGGACUCGGAUAAGAAAGAGACAAUUUGGAGGAUUCCCGAGUUUGGCCAACUACUAACUUUUGACCCACAAGCUGGACUGCAAGAGAUAGCUACAGGAAAACACAACUUGGACGUCCUGACUAAGGGGACCAAUUCUACCCCAGCUACCAAUGAGGUUCCUGAGGUGACCGUGUUCCCCAAGUCCCCUGUGCUGCUGGGCCAGCCCAACACCCUUAUCUGCUUUGUGGACAACAUCUUCCCUCCUGUAGUCAAUAUUACAUGGUUGAGAAACAAGAAGUCAGUCACAGAGACUGUUUAUGAGACCAGCUUCAUCACCAAGAGUGACCAUUCCUUCCAAAAGAUGUCUUACCUCACCUUCAUCCCUUCUGACGAUGACGUCUAUGACUGCAAGGUGGAGCACUGGGGCCUGGAGGAGCCGACGCUGAAACACUGGGAACCUGAGAUUCCAGCCCCCAUGUCAGAGCUGACAGAGACUGUAGUCUGCGCCCUGGGGUUGUCCGUGGGCAUCGUGGGCAUCAUGGUGGGCACCAUCUUCAUCAUUCAAGGCCUGCGAUCAGGUGGCACCUCCAGACAUCCAGGGCCCUUAUGAACCACACCCUGGAGAGGAAGGUGUGUGGUCCUCUCCAGGGCAGAAGUGGUGUGCAAUUCAUCGUGUUCUUUGUCUUUCCCAAGUGUCCUCCAUCUUGCUGUUCUCUUGGACAUGAGGCUGCCCCCACUCACAGCUCAAAUAACCUUGGAAUUCCCCCCUGACCUGAGUUUUGUCUUUCGGCAUCUUUCCCAUCACAUCUACUGUAGAAUCUCAAUGACCCUGAUUCAGUAGCUCCUCAAAACCAAUAAAUCACCUUUUGUAAGUCA